AUGUCGUUCGGCGUUGUAAAAUUUUUCUCUGUUCUUGGCUGUUUAUGUCACACAGCUAACACAGCAACUUUUCCAUUACCUUUUUCAUUGCCACAGCCUGAUACAACACAAGAAAUUAUAUUCGAAGAAUUGUUUCCUAAUUUUCCGAUGAAUAUAUUUACAAAUUUAGCUGAUGAUACAGAAAUACUAAAAUUAAAUUUUAAUUCGGAUAAUGAUGUGUCAUUUUAUCUCUACACUCGUGUUAAUCCGGAAACUGGUUAUAAACUUAAUGUUGGUAAUUCAACAAACGUUCAAUUGUCACCGAUAAAAUCAAAUAAAAUGAUUAAAAUAAUAAUUCACGGAUGGACCGACAGUUCAAGUGUCAACUGGUUAACUGUUUUUCGAUACAAUUAUUUAACACGUGAUGAUUUAAAUGUUAUUAUUGUUGAUUGGUCUCCAACAUCAAUGUUGAAUUAUCCAACUGCAGUACAUUUUGUUCAUCCGAUUGGUCAAUACGUUGGAGAACUUGUCGAUUUUUUAAGUAAAGAAAAAAAUAUAUCUCUUGAUAAUUUUCAUAUUUUGGGACAUAGUCUUGGAGCACAUAUUGCUGGAUUGGCUGGUUAUUUUUUAUCUGGUAAAAUUGGAAGAAUAACUGGAAUGGAUCCAGCAAGACCUGGUUUUGAAUCACCAAUUCUUAAAGAUAAAAAAGAACGACUUGAUUCAUCAGAUGCUAAUUUUGUUGAUGUUAUUCAUACUUGUGCUGGAACUGCUGGGUUUAUAAAGGCACUUGGACAUGCUGAUUAUUAUCCCAAUGGUGGAACAUUCAGACAACCUGGUUGUUCACGUCUAGUUGCUCAAUAUUGCAGUCAUGCAAGAUCUUAUCAAUUUAUGGCUGAGUCUAUUAUUUAUCCUGAGGAAUUUGUCGCUGUUAAAUGUGACAACUGGAAUAAUUUUAAAGCUGGACAAUGUGCUAAUGAAAGUAAAUCGUUUAUGGGGGAAAAAGUGAGCUUAGAAAGUCGUGGUCAUUAUUUUUUGGAAACACGACAAUCAUCUCCUUUUGGACAAAGAGCUUAA